AGUGAGUCAGAAUGUAAAGCUACAGACAGGGAUGACGAUAUCUUUGUCUGGUGCAAUUUUAUAACGGCCGUCAAAUGGGUUUUAAAUGGGACCUUUAAAUGAAGAAUCAAGGGCCCUGCUAUUGCUUAAAAUCGUCAGGGGAUUCCAGGGGGAGCAUGUCAACUCUGCCGUGUCAUCGACCCAAGUCUAUUUUCUUUCUGCUUGACUCAAAACACCAACAUCCUCUACCGCCUCAGCUAACGGCUAGUGAUGGUGAGCAUCUGCAGCGGCUAAAGGCAUGACAGACAAUCUACGACACCAGAGGCCUCGAGCUCUAGAAUCAGAUGCUGGCAGAGCACAAGGGUUCGCGAGAUAAACAUAGAGGCAGUGCAAAGAUAAGCCGAUGCAGAAGCCAUUAUCCCUUAUUUUCUCACUUUUAUUGGGCCUGGCUUGCAGCCCGAAGCUGUUUUUUACUGGAUGAAAUGUGUAUAUUAUAGUGUAAGUGGUGUCAGCUAUUGAACGCAGUGACUGGACUUUUAAACCUACUCUUGUGAGUUCAGCCAGCUCAUCAACAAAACACAAUGGCAUCUGAUGACCACAAGGAGACAGAGAAUGACCUGUCAGAACCCCUUCAAGCGGAUGAUGAGUUAUUGAGUCAGUAUGAGGAGGAGGACCCUGCUAGCAUUAACUUCAAAUCCAAAAGUUUACCUGCUCUGAAUGACUCAGGCCAGCAAAGCAAGUCCUUGUUGGCCAAGUCUAUGCAGCAGCAGGUGUCAAUAACUGAGGAAAAGUGCGCUGAAUUAAUCCAACUCCCACAGAGGAUCAACCUGAACCAACCUCUACCUGAAUCCUCCACUAGGACUAAUAUUAACUAUUCCCCUUCCAGUUCUAGUGUGGUGGGGAUGAGUAGUUCAUUUAACACCGAGACACAGGUGAGCAAGCCCAGGAGUAAAAACCCAACGAGGCAAGGCUUCCUCACCUCGAGGUUACACCUGAUGCGUUUACCCACUAGGAAAUACAUUAAUGCAAUUCUCGAAGACUCUCGCUGUUUUUUAUUUUGCAUGUGCUACCUGACAUUCAUCCAGUCACUGAUGGUGUCUGGCUACCUUAGCAGUGUCAUCACCACCAUAGAGAAGAGGUACAGCCUCCGGAGCUCUGAGUCCGGCCUGCUCGUCAGCUGCUUUGACAUAGGCAGUCUGCUGGUGGUGGUCUUCAUCAGUUACUUCGGAGGCCGAGGGCAGAGGCCCAGAUGGUUGGCCGUGGGUGCAGUGUUUAUAGCCGUCGGAGCAGCACUCUUCUCCUUGCCUCACUUCAUCUCCCCUCCGUACCAAAUCCUGGAGGUGAACUCGUCCCGGGGCAACGAGGGCCUGUGUAUGAACAACAACGGCAGUGGCAAGGACUUCCUGGAUGUGUCUUGUCCCAGAGACCAGGAGGGAAAUGAGCACAACCUGUACGUGGCCCUGUUCAUCAUUGCACAGAUCCUGGUAGGCAUGGGGUCGACGCCCAUCUACACCCUGGGACCCACCUACCUGGACGACAAUGUCAAGAAGGAGAAUGCCUCUCUUUAUCUAGCUGUCAUGUACGUGAUGGGAGCCCUGGGUCCGGCUGCUGGGUACCUGAUGGGAGGAGUUCUCAUCGGCUUCUACGUCGACCCCAAGACUAUCGUCAACAUCGAUCAGAGCGACCCUCGCUUCAUUGGCAACUGGUGGAGCGGCUUCCUGCUCUGUUCCAUUGCCAUGCUACUGGUCAUAUUCCCCAUGUUCGCCUUCCCCAAGAAGCUGCCUCCCAGAAACAAGAAGAAGAAGAAGAAGAGGAAAAAGAUCACCCUGGACAACGUGUCCAGCGAUGAUGACAUCUCCAAGGAGAAGGCCGACAGCAAGAGCCAGAAGGUUACAUCAUCCAUGGGCUUUGGGAAAGACAUUAAAGAGCUGCCUAAGGCUGCAGUGAGGAUCCUGAGUAAUGUCACCUUCCUGUUUGUGAGCCUGUCCUACACUGCAGAGAGCGCCAUCGUCACCGCCUUCAUCACCUUCAUACCCAAGUUCAUCGAGUCACAGUUUGGCAUCCCGGCAUCCAGCGCUAGUAUCUACACAGGUGUGAUCAUCGUGCCCAGUGCUGGGGUGGGUAUAGUCCUGGGGGGCUACAUAAUUAAGAAGCUGAAGCUGGGAGCCAGAGAGUCAGCCAAGCUGGCCAUGAUCUGUAGUGGGGUCUCUCUGCUCUGCUUCUCUACUCUGUUCAUAGUGGGCUGUGAGAGCAUCAACCUAGGAGGCAUCAACAUACCAUACACCACUGGUCCUACUCUGACUAUGACCCAUCGUAACCUGACUGGAGGGUGUAAUGUGAACUGUGGCUGUAAGAUCCAUGAGUACGCUCCAGUCUGUGGCUCAGACGGAAUCACCUACUUCAACCCCUGCCUGGCAGGCUGCAGCAGUGUGGGCAACGACAGCACAGGAAUCAGGAACUACUCUGACUGUGCGUGUGUCCAGAGCAGGCAGGUCAUCACCCCCUCCUCUAACGGCCAAGUCAACCAGCUGCAGCUGGUCAUCGUCAAGACCUACCUGAACGAGAAUGGCUAUGCCGUGUCGGGGAAGUGUGACCGCACCUGCAGCACCCUCAUUCCCUUCCUCAUCUUCCUCUUCAUCGUCACACUCAUCACGGCCUGCGCUCAGCCCUCCGCCAUCAUUGUCACUCUUAGGUCAGUAGAAGAGCAAGAGAGACCCUUUGCACUCGGGAUGCAGUUUGUUCUCCUCAGGACCCUUGCCUACAUACCUACUCCCAUCUAUUUUGGGGCGGUGAUCGACACCACCUGUAUGCUGUGGCAGCAGGACUGUGGUGUCCACGGCUCCUGCUGGGAGUACGAUGUCACUUCCUUCCGCUUCGUCUACUUUGGCCUGGCCGCCAGCCUCAAGUUCAUUGGCUUCAUCUUCAUCUUUCUCACCUGGUACUCCAUCAAGUACAAGGAAGAGCGUCUGGAGCGCUGGCUGAAACACCUCUCGCCCAUGGACACGGUGAGCGACCUCAUCUGCCACGCCGGGGGACACAAGGGACACGCCCGUACCCGCUCCUGUCCCGUUAAUAUACCACGCAAUGAACCUCCCAUCAUCCCCGUCCUCAACAGGGGCCUCAGUAGCCAGAGCUGCCCGGGGAACAGCCUGAAGAGCCUGAAAGCAAUAACCCCGCCGGCCCCUCGCCCUCCCGCUCGCUCUCUGGAACAGGUGUCUGCCCGCGUCUGAGGGCAACUCCUACCGCCCUUCCAUCCACAUUCUCUUCAAUGUCUGCCUUUCUUACUCUGGGUUCUCACUCGUAUGGUAUUAUAGUAUACGUUCACACACACACGCACAAGACGUCACUCAGACAGACAGCGGUUGGUCAACAUGUAUACAGGAAGACAUUGGGAUGGAUACCCCAGUUAGCAAAUCUUCCCUCUACCUAGUAUGUUGGUGUCCUUUUCUCUUUGGUUUGUUUUCGUCAUGGGAGGGAAUGCAUAUCAUCUCUUUAGAAAAGUGCACCUUCGAUACUUCUCGAGAACGAUCGUAGUGAUGGUAUUGUUGCGUGGCGCUAGGUGAAAAUGACAUGAAUAAUAUCCUCCAUUGCUCAGUUUUAGUGUUCAUUCUAAGACCUCAGCAAGACGAGGUGACUGAGCUACGCAGCUUGGCCAGCGAGCAUAAACUAAAUCCUCUACUAUGCAAGGUCAUUUUCUUUUCCCCCUAUUAUUCAAUGGCAAGCUGUAUUAAAAGCACACAUUGAGCAUUGCCUUCCCUUUCCAUACAAUCUGGAAAUGUCAUUCAGUAUCACCCCAGACCUGCGUGUAAUGAUGAGUGGUUGACUUGGAAAAGAUGUGUCUGGAAACAUUUUGAAUUAGAACCACUCUUCUGUGGUUACCUCAUAGACAGGCCCACAAAUAUAUCCCUCGCCGUUGUUCUAUUUCAGACACACUUGGGCUGCAUCCUAAAUGGUACUCUAUUCUCUAUAUACUGUAGUGCUAUACAUUUGACAAUGGCUGAUAGGUCUUUGGUCCAAAGUAGUGAACUACAUGGGGAAUAGGGUGCCAUUUGGGGCACAGUCUAAGUGCACUCAUGAUGACCCCCCUCAGUGUUGCUUCGUGUGUCAUGGGCUUUACAGAACGAAGGCAUCUUUUGCUUACCGAUCUCUUAUUAACAUGUCUUGUUUCAGACAAAAAUCCUAAUUGAAAUGUUUACGUCCCAAAUGGUACCUUAUUCCAUUUAUAGUGUGCCACUUUUGACCAGGGCAAGAGUAGAGCGCUACAUAGGGAAUAAGGUGCCGUUUGGCAUGCAUACAAUGUUUUAACCAACCAGACCCCCUGCUGGUUCUGUGGUGGAGCAGAACCAGACCCCCUGCUGGCUCUGUGGUGGAGCAGAACCAGACCCCCUGCUGGCUCUGUGGUGGAGCAGAACCAGACCCCCUGCUGGCUCUGUGGUGGAGCAGAACCAGACCCCCUGCUGGCUCUGUGGUGGAGCAGAACCAGACCCCCUGCUGGCUCUGUGGUGGAGCAGAACCAGACCCCCUGCUGGCUCUGUGGUGGAGCAGAACCAGACCCCCUGCUGGCUCUGUGGUGGAGCAGAACCAGACCCCCUGCUGGCUCUGUGGUGGAGCAGAACCAGACCCCCUGCUGGCUCUGUGGUGGAGCAGAACCAGACCCCCUGCUGGCUCUGUGGUGGAGCAGACCAGACCCCCUGCUGGCUCUGUGGUGGAGCAGACCAGACCAGUGCUGCUGGUGCAAAGAGAUUCUGCUGUGCUUCCCAUGAUUAGCUAAUCCACACAAACCAACCACUAUUUCACAUUUGUUAGUCAGUAGUUUAGUAAGUAUCCUCUGUCACCGGCUUUCACCUUACCUUCGAGCGAAGACUGGGAGUCUGUGGCCAGUAGUUUAGAUUAGCUUAUUAGGUCUGUAACUGGAUGCCUAGAUGAAUUGAUUUACCAACAGCAGGGCCACUUCUCCCAUGUAUUGUGUAACCGAUAAUAAUUAUUAUAAUGCAACUACUCACUAUGUCAACAAUAGAGCAUGUUCUACUGAACAACUGUCAAAGGGAUAUCAAUCAUGGCUGCUGAGGUUGUUUGUUUUGCCUUUUGGUGAAGUUUUGUUUGUAUUUGUAUUGUAUCUUUGUAUUAAUUCAAAGGACAUCAGACUAAUUUCUUAAGCAGUGCUAAAUCGAGUUUAGGGCUGGGAGUUACUAACUCCCACAGCUCAGUAAUCAAUACAAUUACAUGGACAGAGGCGACCUGAUUCUAGAUCAGCACUACUUCUCGGAGACUAGUGAUACAAGCUGGAGGGCAACAAGAUCGUUGAAACAAGUAGUUCAUGGGUGUAACAUGCAAUAUUCAAGUACAUAUUGCUUUUGGUUUUACAGGGUGUUUUAGGACACCUGCUAGUCAGAUGUGGUAAGCAAUAUUGUAGAAAUACUCCAAAUGAAGCUGUGGUGUUUCCCCAAGCGAAAUAACUAGACAAUUAUUUGGUGGAAUAAUCGUAAUUUUCAGUUUAUUUUAACACUUAAAUAUUAGAAGCUAAAAUUAUGCUUUUCUAUGUAUCUAUGUUGAAUUUGGGCAGGUGGAACAGCACUGAGCCUGUAAACAACAAAUUUCACUUCACCUAUCCGGUGUAUGUAACAAUAAAACAUUAUUAUUACUUCCAUGAUACAAUGUGGCUGUUGGUUUAGAGUUAAUAGCGUUAAAACUAUGGGAUAUUAUAACAUGUUACCGUUAAUAUGGAAGGGUACCAAAACUCUUUAUAGUAAAAUGACUGACAUUGUCAGCUAGAAUAACAGUGUAAUGCAUCCGAUAGUAGUUGUGAUAGACAUAAUUGCUGCAUGUAAUAAUUUUUCAGGACUCCAGACACUAUUAUUAAUGGAAAUAAGUCACAUAACUCUUAGUCAAACAUUCCAUUUCAUGUGAAAGAAAAAGUAGAAUACAUAGAGUAAAUCGGGUGCAAAUUAAUCACAAUUCUAGCUAGACUACAUUUUGCGACAAGGAUUCUCCUAACUUUAGUGUUAUUGAAUCGGUUAGUGAAAGGCUACAGUAUUAUGUUUCUCAGUGCCUACUUUUCCUACUAAUUGAUUGAAGUUGAGAUGUUGCUGAUUCUGAAAUGCUCUUGACUUCAUGUAAUGGAACUCAAUGAUAAGACUGACUGUGGACUGUGAAGAAUUUGACUCUAGGAUUUUUGAUUGACUUGCUGCCAUCAUUUGACCUUUUCAACCUAUACUGUACCUAUAGUACCAGGAUGUUUGCUGCAGAAUUCUGGUACUCUUGUGAUCCUCACCGGCAAACCUACUGUUCCUCUGGAGCUAGGAGAGAGGAGCUCUCACUCUUACCGCCCUGUGUAGUGCUGUUUAUUAGUCUUUGUAUGUGGCAUAAAAUAAGGAUUUGACCUGGAUGUCACCAUAAGGACUAUUUCAGGUAGAUUGUAGAUUUAUGUUUUUUGUGUUUUUUUUGCAGUAUUAUAUUUAUUUAAUUUCAAAUGACAGUGUUUUAAUGACAAGUUAAUGCCUCUGCUAUAUGGUUGACAUCAUAAGAAAGAAAAUGUACAUUGUUUGUGGACACACUGUUUACAAAUUCCUUCGAUACUUGACAUCUGUCAAUUAAAAUUCCGAAAAAUAAAUAUUGAAUUG